UAUUAGUCUAAAUAAUGGAGCCGCCUGCAAACAGACCAGAAGCUGAAAAUCCAAAAGCUACGAACACAACAUCAGGCAUAAAAAGAAAGAGAGAAGAUGACCUAACAAAGGACGAACCCAAUCACAAAAGACCAAGACACACAAAUAUUUUAUCAAAUAUUCUCAGGUACGAAAGCGAAGACUCCUCUGAAGGAGAAGAUGGCUCAGACAGCAGCGAUAGCUCAGAAUACGAUUUUAUUAAAUAAGGCCAGAGAAGGCAAGGCAGAGAUAUCCUCUGCAAACCCCCAGCUCAAAGAUAGUGAGACGAUUAAAAUCAAAGAGGAGGUCCAGAAGGUCCUGAGUAAUACCAAUCAAGUUGCACAAGAAAUAUUUACAUUGCUGCCUGGAGCCAAGCUGGCCAAAGUCCAGCAAGUCAUGAGCAUUUCAGCAGGUCUUAGGCAGAAUAAAGAGUUCAAAUUUGUUGAACAUAAAGAUGAAAAGAAACCUAAUAAUGAGGAUUACAAGUCUGAUUCAGAUGAUGGGGUUACAGAGAUCAAGAAGAGCGAGUUGGUCAACCGAGAGGACUAUGAAAGGGAGAAAUUAAGACAACAUUCAAGAGCUGAUUAUAUCAAGCAACAACAUGAGCGCAUGGCAAGGAUGAUGCCAAACAAAGAUGAUAAAUCUAAAAAUAACAUCAGAGCAUUGGCCUUUGAUAUUAGUGGAACAAUUGAAGCCGAUAGAUCCACCAGCCAAAAGAACUUCAUUAACGCUAGGAGAAAAUACGGUUGGUAAAUCACCUAAACUUCAAAAUAAUUCAAUAUUAAAAUCUUCAAAGG